AUGAACUCUUUCCAUUCUCAGCUGUAUCAUCAGGGUCAAGAUAUUCUUUCAAGUCCAUUCUCUGACAUGGGGAACGAAUCUCUACACUCACAGCAAUUCAACAUGAACUUUCUCAAAACUAUGCAAAAUCAAGCCUUCCUUAUACAGUCAAUUACUGAACAGCAACUUCGCGCAUCUGGAAAUACCGUGUUUCUGCAGCUUGAGAAGGAAAACCACGAACUUCGAGAGAGAAUAGAUACUCUUCAAACACAACUCCUCAAAUAUGCACUGUCAUCAAGCUCUCCUUUACUGCCAGGCUCUUCCUCUUCGUUCGCUGCCUCACAGCCUUCGGCAAGACUCAAGAUACCUCUCAAGCAAUCAGAUUAUCCUCUUGUCAAGCACUGGGAUCGCACACCAAACAACACCUCGCAACUAGCCAUUAUCAAAGUCACCGACUCUAGUAACCUUUCGGACAUCUCAGAUGAUGGCAGCAGUUCAGAAAGCGAAGCUCAUUCGGAUUCUGACAACAACAAACAAGGCGUACCUCAGAAGAGAAGAAAGAAGCAUGGGGGAAAGAAGAACGGAAAGAGCAAGCGGGAUGGUGUACCGGCAUACCUCGAAAAUGAGAAUGGCAAGGUUGUGGAUUUGAAUACAAAGAUAAUGGUUUAUGACGAUGCGCGGGCUAUAUGGAAUCAACGAAUUGACCUUGCGAAACCGCCAGCAAACUGGUCCUCUGCAGGGGCAGAGCUACGUGACGAGUUUCGGGAUGUACUCGAAGAGAAACAUCCCUUUCUACAGCUGUGCUCACGUCGAUGGAAGGUGGAAGAGAUCUGGAAAAGAAACUAUCAUAGUUGGCUCAAGGCUCGUUUGAAAAGGUUGGAUAAACCUUCUCCCCCGAAGAAAACAAAAUCUUCGGUGACGGACAAAUAUCAAUCCACCGCCGGACCUGCAUCAGAUUCAGGUCUCCCAGAAGCCACGAUGCCCGCAACUGCCGCUACCCUGUGCGCUGGAAGUGCAGAUCUCCCAGCAGCCACGAUGCCCGCUACCCUGUCCGACGUAUCCGAUGUAUCCGCAACAGAGCGAGCACCUCCAGCAACUCAAGUCAUUAUCCCCCCUAAAGUUACCAAUCCCACCUCCAACGCCAGGAAGGGAAAAGCACGCGUACUACCUCAAGUUAAAAAUUCCCAGUUAAACUCGUCGAAUCAAUGCGACCCCCUCUUGGCAGCGAUCCACAUUGACGUUCAGUCGUUGGAAGACAAGAUAACCGGUCACUCGCAGCCAGAUGAAAAUACCGCAUCAACGUCGACGCCAGCCAGUCCAGUAGUCAAUCAGCCAAGUGCCUCGGUGCCAGGCCCAGCACCAAAUGAGCGCACACCCUCAAUGGGACCUGGACCUACAUCUUCUACCCCAACCGCCCAGGCAAGUACCGUACCGUUGGGAACGAAGACCGGUCUUCUUGGCGGGUACAGCGUAGAUCCGGCAACUCUCACUGCGGACUGUCCAGAAGACGGACUUGUUUGGGAAAGUGGAUGGGAUUCGCAGCUGACCCGUCUAAUUCCAGCAGACAUCUCGCAAGUUUGCCCGCUUGUUCUACGUGGCAAGUAUGGGCUCAUGGGGCUUGUCAAGCUCAUGGAGCACCUGGUACGGGACCGGAAAGUCGCGGAAUCGUUACUGGAACAGAAGGUGAAGCGCCUUCUCGCUGCAAUUGACCAGGUAACGGAGCGACAGGUUACCUCAAGUUCAACCGCAGUCAUAACAACAAAGGCAGCACCAAGAAAGCGAAACCGAGGUUCUUGGGCGAUCCCGAAGCAUGUUUGUCCCAAGUGGGAGUACGCCGUCGAUUGGAAGAUUCAAAAUCCACAUGGCACGAUGAAAGAGUUCGAAAAAGAGUGGAAGACAAUGUCACAAGAUAAAGAGAGGGUGAUGGUAUACCAGGCUCGCGUGGAUGAUAAGCUCGGAAAGAACCGCCAGGCAACUUGA